AUGGAGAACUUUAAGGCUAAAAUUAUUGAUGAAGAUUUAGAUUUUAUUAAAAAAUCAUGUGACGCUGAUUCGCAGAAAUCCAUGUUCAGAAUAGAUAAAAAAACGUUACUCACUUUAAUUAAUGAGCAAUUAAAAGAUGUCAAAACAACAGAUGUGUCAUUUAGGAAUAAACAUUUAUAUGAUAUUUUUGGGGACAUAGAAUCUUAUCAAAAAUAUGAGACUUCUGCUCAAGAAGAGAAGAAUGAUUAUUUUAAAGCUUCGGAGAAUUAUUGUAAACCUGAAAAAGCAAAUGGUGAUGAAAAUUACAAUAAGAUUAAAGAUCUCUGUAAAGUGUUCGUACCAUAUUUUUUAUAUUUGACUUUUAAAAAUGUUCAAAAUGAUCCUAGUGGAAGAAGACGUUUAGGAUAUUUGAAUUACUGGUUAAACAAAAAAUUAAAAAAAAAAAAAAUUAGUGCUACUGAUUUUAUUAAUGUCUUUAAUGAAAUCUUGGACAAUAAUUUUUCUGCCAUUGACAAUUACAAUAAAUUUAAAACUAUAGUAUACAAUAUUGAUGAAGAAGUUAUUGAAGAAUUGGAUCUGUUGUAUAAUUUGCACGAUUAUUAUAAUAAGAUUAUUACUAAAUCAAGUGACGAAGGCAAAUGUUCAGAAUACAGCGGAAAGUUCAUUAAACUUGUUGAAAAAGGCAUUCAACAAUGUUAUGUAACAAAAAAUAAAAAUUUCUAUAUAGAACUAUUGAGAAUAUGGUCCAGAUAUAAUACUGAAAAAGAUAAGCAGAAAUUUUGUAAUAAUUUGCCCGAACCUCCCAAAAUAGAAACGUUUCAUCAAAUAGAAAAGGCAGCAUCUCUAACGGAAACUAGAGUAUCGUGUAAAAAAUAUACAAGUAAAAGUUUAGAUACUCUACAACAUCGGAAUCAAGAACAUGAAGAUGUCUUAAAACAGUUAUCUGCACAUGAAAUAUAUGAUAAACUCAACAAGGUUACUUCUGAUGUUAACACAUGUGCUAAAUACUGUGCGAAUAUAAUUCAUUCUACUGAAAAAAUUGAAGAUUUUAAAAAUCUGUGCCCCAUACUUGCAAGUAAUAUAAAAAACUUAUCAGAAACCUUGAAAGACACAAAUUUACCCUAUGAUCGUUGCACGUAUUUGACUUAUUGGGCGUAUGAGAAAAUAAUAAAUAUAUUUGACAGCAAUACUAGACAUGUUCAUGACAAAUCUGCUAUUAACGCGCUUAACCAAGCAGUGUUCAUGGCUAACAGUGAAUUUCCUGCCAAAGAUAAGUGUCUAUUUUCUUUUACCGGCAAUCUCUCCGAUUGGAAAGAUGAGAAACUUUUACACGAUUAUUUUAAAAACUACGACAAAAUUGGGAAAUGCGGCACAUACACCAAUGGUACUGAUUGUAAAUCGUAUUGUGAUUAUCUUAAGCGCAUCAGCGAAUUGUAUAGCAGCCAUAUCAACAAGUGCUGCUCUUGUUAUAUUUAUCCGAAGCGCGUUUGUUCUGAGUUAUGUCCAAAAUAUUUUAAGUGCGAUAUAGGUUAUUUUCCAAGUGAUCUCUUAUAUAAUAUUGGAUGCAAAGUAAAAGAAGAAGAAGAAGAAGAAGAAGAAGGAAAAGAAGAGAACGAAAAAUCUUACGAAACCGUGGAAGAUAUAUUCAGAAACGUAACAGUUGAUCUUGAUGUUAUCAACAGGAGCCACAUCGAAAAGCCAUUUCACUCCGCUGGGAUCCUGGUUUCUUAG